CGCUUUGCUCCAAUAGACAGAAGCGACUUUGGGCUGUAAAAUCGUGAAAUUCUUACCUCGCCCUUUCACUGCCUGCAGGAUCAGAUUGCAAUUUUUUCAAGACUCUCCUCUCUCCGGUUUCUUAAUCUGUUUAAAAGAAGAAGGAGAAAAGAUAAAUUCUCUCUUCAGUGCCUGGAAGAGAAAACAAAAUAACCUCAACUCCAGCUCCACUUUGCAAAAAUCUUUCUAAGAACUUUCUUCAGAGAUUUUACUUAGAUGAUUUAUAUAAUGAAGAAAGAAGAGAUUUUUUGGGCUUCUGUAUGUCUGCUGCUUAGUUGUGCCUCUGUCCCUCUUAAUGCUGUUCCCGAGGAAGGUGAAGAACAUGGAAACGUUACAGAUGCUGAGUUACCACCACUUAAGCUUGUGCACUCAUUUUGUGCAUUAAAAGCGGAUGAUGGCCCGUGCAAAGCAAUGAUAAAGAGAUUUUUUUUCAAUAUCCAUACUCAAAAGUGUGAAGAAUUUGUAUAUGGGGGCUGUGAAGGAAACCAGAAUCGAUUUGAAAGCCUAGAAGAGUGCAAAGAAAAAUGUACAAGAGCAUCUUAUCUAAAGAAGACUAGAAGGACAAAGACAACAUUACAAAAAGAAAAGCCAGAUUUCUGCUUUUUGGAAGAAGAUGCUGGAAUCUGUCGAGGUUAUAUUACUAGGUAUUUUUAUAACAAUCAAUCAAAACAGUGUGAACGUUUCAAGUACGGUGGGUGUCUCGGCAAUCUAAACAACUUUGAAUCACUGGAAGAAUGCAAGAACACCUGUGAGGAUGUGUAUGUGUUUUAUCCAGUGAAUGAUUUCCAGGUGGGAGAUAAUAGAACCCAGCUUGAGGCUAUGAAUAAUGACUCCUUGUCUCCCCAGCCCACCAAGGUUCCCAGCUUUUUGGAAUUUUACGGCCCCUCCUGGUGUCUGACCCCAGCCGAUAGAGGACUGUGUCAAGCCAACGAGAGCCGAUUCUACUACAAUUCAACCAUUGGGAAAUGCCGCCCAUUUAAGUACAGUGGAUGUGGAGGAAACGAAAACAAUUUUACUUCUAAAAAAGCAUGUCUUAGGACUUGCAAAAAAGGUUUCAUCCAAAGAUUAUCAAAAGGAGGAUUAAUUAAAACCAAAAGAAAAAGAAAGAAGCAGACAGUGAAAAUAAUCUAUGAAAAAAUUUUUGUUAAAAAAGAUAAAAAUUUGCUGCAUUAUUACAACAUCACUUCUACUAAAUAUUUUGGAUGAAACUGUUCACUAUAUUUGUACUUUUUUCUUUCCUUUCAAUGAAAUAUUUUUGUGAGUUUUUAUAUAUACGUAUUACCUUUGCAUCACAUUUGCAUCACAGUUUCUUUUAUAAUGUAGUCAAAUUGCUUAUUCUAGGGCUAUAAUGAACUGAUUACUAUGAAUUAUUCUCUCAAUCCCUUUCUAACUAUUUGCCAUUUAACUACAAAUUAUCAUACUAGUGGCCACAAAAAUCAGCCAGUUUUUCCAUUUGGUGAUCAUCUAUUUGAGAAUAUGUUGUCACUUGUUUUGAUCAUGUAUACAGUGAUCUCCUUUAAAACCUCUGCCCAAAUUAAGAAAUGCAACUCUUACAUAUCAAGCAUUUUUUGGGUUUCAUAUCUAACAUGGGGACAAGUACCUUCUUCCAAUAAAGAUCACUCAAAUCGUGCAUUUUGAAAAAGCUGGUAAUAAAAUUCUAUCUUGUGCUUCCCUCCUUAGACAUACUUUUACUCUUUGUAUACUAACAAGUACCUCUAUUGAUCAUGAGCCAAACCAUUAUCUGAACAAAGAGAGUCAGCUCUGUCAUGUGCAUGAUUUUGAUUGACUUUUUUUUUGGUUAUGGUCUAAUAUAACAGUAAAGAUGGUUGAACAGUGUGUGUUAAAUGUAGAUCAUGAUAAGAAGAAACUUGGUAGAAAAGGGAAGUUUUUAAUGACAAUCAAAAGGAAAUUUCUGUUUACAUACUUCCUAAUUUUUAUUGACAAAAUUUUCUUUUACCAAAAUAGCAGGAAUAUUUAAACCUCCUGUGACCUAUUCAUUUAUCAGUAGGGUUUGCAAUGACAGCAGUAAGUCAUGCUUCAAAAAAAAUCGUGUUGUUUCUGUAGAAGAGGGUGAGAAAAUUAUCAGCAAGUAAGAUUCUACUAGAAAAAUCUAUGUGCUAUUCACUCUCAGGGUCUUAAUUAACAUUUCUCUGGAGUUAAUUCUCUUUAUCCAGAUCUAUCUUUCCUUCUCUGCUGAACCAUGUGAUGUCUGGAAUCUCAACCGCCUCCUAGACAUUUCAGUCUCUCUAGUGUUCACAUCAAAUUUCACAUUUAAUUUGAACUUGUCUUUUAGAAAUAAUAACCACUUCAUCCAUUUAGUUUAGCUUAAUGACAUCUCUUUAGGAAUAAUAUUAUAUUUGUUCCUAAGGUUUGAAAGUUUGAACCCAAUUUUGAUUUCUUACUUUCCCUCAUAUAGCAUAUCUAAUCUGUCUCUAAAGACUAUUGCUUCCUUUUUCAUAGUUUAUCCAACUCUCCGGCUUUUUACCCCUACCGAAUUCUUCACAUCAGUAUUGAUAUAAUUCAGUAUACCUCUCCACCACUUAAAAUCCUUCAAAGACUCACUAGUUGGUACUUAACCCCACCCCGUCCCCCAUAAUUUAAUUUAUAUAUAUAUAUAUAUAUAUAUAUAUGUUUUUUGGACUUCUCUACACUACUCUCUUUCAUGACAAUUUCAAUUCAGUUAAAAGGGUAUUCACUAUUCACUGAAUGCUUCUUUAGUUACUCAGCUUUUUCAUGCUGAUUUCUUAUUUAAAAAUCUGGUCCCCUCCAGAUUCAUCUGAAGUCUGGUUCCACCUGAUAUGAACUACAAAAUCAUUGUAUUUUUAGGCAGAAUGUGAAGCCCUAACAUACAGUCACAAAUCAUUAAAAUUAUACCAUUACAUGUGGCAUAAAAUUAUAUUACACAAAAUAGUGUCAGUUUGUUCACUUAAUAAAACUGUUAUAACUUCAUGUCAAAUAUUAAGUAUAUAAGUAACUGUUUUAGAGAGGGUUUUUGUUGUAGAAUUUUGAGACUUUUGGAAAUCAAAAUCCCUUUUGAAAUACACUCUGCUGUUAUUUACAGGUGGAUAGCAAUAGCUUUAAAUAAAGGGUAAAGUAUCUAGUCAAGUGGCAAGUUGCCACCAAGGACAUAUAAACAGCACAUUCAUCAGUGAGUUGAUUAGUUAUUUUCUCUAACAAACAUUCCUGAGUUCAUUACUUAGUCAAGAAAGACACAAUAAGAUGGCGUGUAAUAUUUAAUGCAUGUGAAUAUUAUCUUUACUGUGUUUUUAAAUAAGAAGCCUUCUGUUAGUACUGUUUUGCUUUACAUAACCAAAUGCACCUAACUGAAUUUCAUAUAGUAUUACAUUGUAUAGCAUAUGCAUGUAUUUACCUACUUUGUUUAUUGUUUGUUCAAACUUAACAGGUAAUGCUGAAAACUGCUCAAGUGAUUUUAUUUUUACAUGGUAAGAAAUAAAAUAUUAUCCUGAAUAAUAACAAGUAUGAUGGCUAGACUCAAAGUUUUUUUUAUUGCAAAAAAAUUUAGUGCUCUUUAGUUAGAGCCCUAAGACAAAGAAAAAAAUUGUUACACAAGCUCCAGUCAACUUUUACCUCCUUUAAUUCAAAUCUGAUAAUCUCCUUUCAGUUAUGAUUUUGCUUCUAUGUAUUAUGACUUCUUAUUUGUUAAACAAAUUAGUACACUGUAUCUUACAAUCCAUAUAUUCUACAUUCAAUGCAUUUCAUAUGUAUUUCUACUAACCACCUCAUAAAUAAUUGUAUAAAUUUGGCAUAUAUAUGGAAAGAUAUACCAUAUAACUAUACUUUUAUACUUGACUUCUAAUCUUGACUAUUGAAGUUGGCCUGGUCCAUUUCCAUACCAGCGGAAGGAAGAAAAUGACGCUAAAAUAAACUAUGUAGGUGACUUCUUAAUUUUUAAAAAAAUCAUCUGCUCCUGUUUUUGUCUGGUUUUUAUGAAGUUAGUAUUUUCAUUUAGUUUUUCUACCCUUUGACUUACAGUUCUUUCUUGAGGACUUUAGUGUGGACAUAUCUUAACUGAUUUUUCUGCAUUCUGCUAUGCAGAACAGGAAAACUUGAUCUUGUCAGUCCCGCAGGCUGUCUCCAAACUACUUGAACCACAGAGCUGGUGUCUUGGCUAAAAUUAUUCAGACCACUUCUAAAGAGAGUAAGUGAUACAUAGUAAUUCAUUUUACCAAAGAGAGAGAGAGAGAAGUACAGAGGCAUUUAAUCAUAAAAUACAAUAGAUAAAAUAGGGUAUUAAUAAUGACUAGGAUUUUCUCAAUUUGCUCACAGAUGAGAAAAAUUCUGGCCCAAACAGUCUAAACCAAAGAUAUAGUUGAUCACAAAGUACAGAGUUAUUUGACUUCAGUAUAGAUGUACUCAAGGACUUGUAUUGUCAUCAAAACUCAGUCUGUCUUUGCCUGUGAUUCUACUGCCCAAUAUUUUUGCCUUUAUUUUCUAAUCUCAUAGGGUUUCCAAAUGACAUCCAGAUUUUCAGACCCACAUCCUCUCAGAGUAAGUUUGCUAGAGAAGUUUGGACUCUCUUACCUCAAAGAAUUGAAUUAAAGUUCUGGCCUCAGGAAUGAUCUGUGAAAGAAAUAAUUGAUAAGCUGGGCUUCAUUAAAAUUAAAAACUUCUGCUCUGCAAGAAAUAAUAUCAAGAAAUUAGAAGAUAAGCCACAGACUGGGAUAAAAUAUUUGCAAUAGACACAUCUGAUAAAGGACUGUUAUCCAAAAUAUAUAAAAAAAAAUACAAACCUUAAUACUAAACAACUUUUUAAAAAAAAAUGGGUCAAAAACAUUAACAGACACCUCACAAAUGGAAAAUAUGCAUAUGAAAAGAUGCUCCAUAUCAUAUGUCAUCAGGACAAAUGUAGAUUAAAACAAUAAUGUAGCUAAGACUACAUAGCUAUAAGAAUGGCCAAAAUUAGGUACACUGACACUACCAAAUGCUGACAAAAAUGUGGAUGGAACAAGAGCAACUCAUUCACUGCUGGUAAGAAUGCAAAAUGGUAGAGCCACCUUGGAAGACAGUUGGCAGUUUCUUACAAAACAUAUUAUACUAUCCAGUAAUCAUGCAUGGUAUUUACCCAAAGAAUUUGAAAAUGUCCAUACAAAAAUCUGCACACAGAUGUUUAUAGCCACUUUAUUCACAAUUGCCAAAACUUGGAAGCAACCAAGAUGUCCUUCAGUAGAUGAAUGGAUAAACUGUUACACCCAGACAGUGGAAUGUUAUUCACUGCCAAAGAGAAAUGAGCUAUCAAGCCAUGAAAGGACAUGCAUAUUACUAAGUGAAAGGAGCCAAUCUAGAAAGGCUGUCUACUGUAUGAUUCCAAAUAUAUGGCAUUCUGGAAAAGGUAAAACUGGAAACAGUAAAAAGAUCAGUGAUUAUCAGGGGUUGUCGGGGGGAUGAAUAGGCAGGGCACAGAGAAAUAUUGUGCAGUGAAAAUAUUCUGAUGAUACCAUAAUGAUAGAAAUGUCAUUUUAUAUUUGCCCAAACCCAUAGAACAUGUAACACCAAGCACAAACCAUAAUGUAAACUAUGGACUUUGGAUGAUCGUGAUGUGUCAAUGUAGGUUUAUCAUCUAUAACAAAUGUACCAUUCUGGUGGGGAAUGAUGGUAACGGGGAGGUCAUGCAUGUGUCAUGGCAGACGAUAUAUGGAAAGCUGUACCUUCCCUUCAAUUCUGCUGUGAACUUAAAAUUGCUCUAAAAAAAUUAAGUCUAUAUUAAAAA